UUCGGAUUAUAUGUCACCAACAUCUGGACUCCCAAUAACUACCACACAACAUCAACAAGUAACUACCAAUAAUCUUCAUCAUUCUCAACAACAUAGAACAUUGUUACAACUAGAUGAACAACAUCAUCAGUCGGGUCCUGGAGGUGGUCCUCCACCUAUUGUUACAACAUUAGUGAAUAAUAGUAAUAUUGCAGAUUGUUGUUAUAAUACUUCUGAUAAUUGGAAUAAUUAUAAUCAUGGAAUAACACCUAUGAAACAAAUGGAAGCAUGCUUGCAAACAGCAGGUGCAGAUCGGCGUGAAUAUUCACCAUUGGCUCAUGCAGAUUCAUUAUCGGCUGGAUCUGAAAGUGAUGGUGAUAAUAAUAAUGGACCAACAUCACGUAAUAAAUCUCAUUGUCGAAAUUCCUCAUCAAAUAAUAAUUCAACAAAUAACAACACAACAAAUCAAGUCCAUCCAGCAUUAAGUCAAACCAAUGCAUCAUUAGAAAUGAAACCAUUAUGGGAUGAAUUUAAUGAAUUGGGUACUGAAAUGAUUGUAACAAAAGCUGGUCGACGUAUGUUUCCAACAUUUCAAGUUCGAUUAUUUGGCUUAGAUCCACAUGCUGAUUAUAUGUUAAUGAUGGAUUUUGUGCCGUUGGAUGAUAAACGCUAUCGAUAUUCGUUUCACAGUUCUAGUUGGGUUGUGGCAGGAAAAGCAGAUCCAGUAUCUCCACCGAGAAUACAUGUUCAUCCUGACAGUCCAGCACCAGGUGGUCAUUGGAUGAAACAACCAUUAUCAUUUGACAAAUUAAAAUUAACAAAUAAUCAAUUGGAUGAUAAUGGACAUAUAAUUUUAAAUUCUAUGCAUCGAUACCAGCCUAGAUUUCAUGUUGUGUAUCUACCGCCGAAAGGAACACCUCAAAUUGAAGGCGGUCCUGAUAACUUCAAAACGUUUGUGUUUCCUGAAACAGCAUUUACGGCUGUUACUGCAUACCAGAAUCAUCGGAUUACACAAUUGAAAAUUGCAAGUAAUCCAUUUGCAAAAGGAUUUCGUGAUUGUGAUCCUGAUGACUGUGGUACAGAAGUCAUGAAUCAUUUACAACUGGGAAAUGCACAAGGUCAACGAACACGAAGUUCAAGCCGUAAUAACAAUAGUACACCGAACAAUAACAAUAAUCUUAAAGAUGGAAAUCAUUCACCAACUACAAUACCUCCUGCAACCAUUUCAACUCAAUCAUCCUCAACAGUUACAUCCAUGCUAACCGAAUCCUCAUCGCUAGUAUCUCCGUUAACUCCUAGUGUAGUAAGUUCAUUGGGUCAUCAUCAUAGCUCCCCAAAUUUAUUACCAAUUGGUCAACCAUAUUCAGGGGAAUUAUGUAAUUAUGGUCCAAUUUAUCAUCCACACAAUAUAUUACAUAAUUAUAAUCCUGCUUAUCCGAAUGAGAAAUCAUUACGAGCACCAAAUAGUGCAUUUAGUCGAACAGGGCCAAAUGUUUAUUCAAAUUCACCAAAUUAUCAAAGUUUUUAUACCAGUAAUAUGACACAAAGUCAAGCAGCUACAAAUCAUCAUCAUUUACGACAAAAUUUACAUACAUCAGGUGGAAUUCCAACAAAUAUUACGACGGCAGGAAUUUAUCAUGGUCAUGAUUUUACACAACGAUAA